CCCCCCCCCACCCUCUCUCUCUUCUACUAUGGAAGGUCAUGAUGGUGGUGAUACAAUGAUCAUGGGGGUGAUGACAAGCCACAUGAAAGGUAAACGGACAAAACGCCGAAGACCAUCGUCAGCGCUUUCGCUAACCCUAGCCUCCACAUCCUCCUCCACCACAACCACCACGAGCGAAACUAGUGCCUCAGCCAACCACAACGGGUUGUUUCGAAUGCCUUCCACAACCUCCAUUGAGUUCACCAACAUUCUUCAAGAUAACCACACCAACAACGACCAAGACAUAGCCAACUGCCUCAUGCUCUUGGCUCAUGGCCACCAUCUACCUCCACCACCGCGAUCAUAUGUUUACGAAUGUAAAACAUGUGAUCGCGGUUUCCCCUCGUUUCAAGCCCUUGGUGGCCAUAGAGCCAGCCACAACAAACCCCACAAGGAUGUUCAUGAACUUUCCAAAAAUAAAACAUCUAUUUUAACUAGUCCCCACAAGCCCUUAUCAUGUAACCCUAGUGGUUCCGGUUCCACCAAAGGGCUUAAGGUUCAUGAAUGUUCAAUAUGUGGUUCUGAGUUUACAUCUGGUCAAGCACUAGGUGGUCACAUGAGGCGACAUCGGUCCAUGACCAUGGCUAAUACUACAUCAAAUGGGCAUCACGAGUCCAAGAAACACAAAGCCGCGCUACCGUUGGAUCUAAAUCUUCCGGCUCCUAUGGAGGAUGAACACAAGGAAAUUACCAAUAAUUCUUUUGGAUCAAACAACCAGAUCAUCGUCUUCUCAGCUUCACCUGCAUUGGUUGACUGUCAUUUCUAAUCACAGGAUUUAUUAGGGUAUGCUAAAUUGCUAACACCAUUCUUCAUUGUUUAUUAGAUUCCUUCAGAUUCUUUCAAUUUGUUCAUAUGGAUAUAUGAUUCAUUAUGAUUGUAACAAUAUUAGAUUGUUUGACGAGAUGGGAAAUUAUAAUUCAUGUUUGUUUA